AGAAAAAAAAAUUUCUAGGGCCUGAAUGGAGCCACCACCAAGGGCAAGCUUGAAACGCAUGAGUUUUACACUGAGAAACUGAAUCCCCGAGAGGAGCAGGGACCACCCCAAGGACGUCCGGCCAACAUCAAUUCAGGUCUCCUGGGCACCCCGCCAAAGAGCAGAGACUUGGCUGGGCCCUUAGAAAUGCUGCCAGCCAGCUGUGUGCCAUCUGCCUGCCUCCUGCUGGGGAAGGAGGAUCAACCAGCCGUUUCCUGAGGCUGCCCCCAGCUGCGCCCACGGUCACCUCCCGGCACCCUCUGCUGGUCGACGGGAGAAGGAACGACGGCUCCCAGCAACGUCUUGUACGCAGGCGCAUGCCGAAGAGGUGCCGUUCGUCUGCCACCUGUUGGUCGACAUGAAGAAGUACACUCCCUUGCCGGCAAGGACGCGCACACAGAUGGGACGCAGGCGCAGAACUGCAACUCCAGGAGGACCCGGUGGCCAUUGGGCUCCGCUGUAGGAGAAACUACAUUUCCCAUAAGUUUUCGCACUACAGCGGCAGAGCCUAUAAGCUUUGGAAUAGCCGGCGUGGGGACCGCGCGACGUGCGGCUGGACAUGGCUUUCUUGGUCGGAUCCCUAGGUCGCCAGUUGGGCCGCCUGAGGUGGCUCCAGCCCCGGGCCUGGCUGGGACUCCCCGACGCCUGGGGACUCCUCGCCGCACAGCAGAGCCGGGGAAAGGCGCGCGGGAACGAGUAUCAGCCGAGCAACAUCAAACGCAAGCACAAACACGGCUGGAUCCGGCGCUUGAGCACGCCGGCCGGCGUCCAGGUCAUCCUUCGCCGCAUGCACAAAGGCCGGAAGUCUCUGAGCCAUUGAGGAUUGCGACGCCGACCGCGGGACCCCCAUUAAAGCCUUUGUCUCUCCUGGGACCUCUCUUGCUGUUACUUUUGUGGGAAGCCCGGACGACUCAGACAUGCGUGCACCUCAAAUUGUGGGGUUGGCCCAGGGGGAGAAGUCUGGGGCUGGACUGAGAGUGGGAGUAGGAAGUCAGACCUAGUCCCUUUCUACGAUUUUUGAAUUAGGAAGAAUUUUGAACACACGGCAACAGCCCACUGAAUAGCACAGUGAACCCCGUGUACUCUGUACACAGCUCUGACCACCAGUUACCCACAACCCACCUGCCCCCUCCUGUGUUAUUUUGGAGCAAAUCUCAGGCAUCGGGUUAUUUCUUCUGUAAGUAUAUCAGAAUGCAUCUCUUCUAGAAAAAGCCUUUUUAAACACUCCAGGCCUGGUGACAGGCCUUUUAAGAACAUAACCAAAACAACUUUUCACACCUAAAAAAAUGGUUAACGUUGUUCCUUAAUACCAUUAAGUGUCUAAUAAAUGUCCGAAUUUCCA